AUGACGGGGGAGAAGAAGAAGAAAAAGCGGAUAAACCGCAGCAUUCUUCUUGCAAAGAAAAUUAUUAUAAAAGAUGGAGGAAGUCCACAAGGGAUUGGUGAGCCCAGCGUUUACCAUGCUGUUGUGGUCAUCUUUCUGGAGUUUUUUGCAUGGGGUCUCCUUACCACCCCAAUGCUCACGGUCUUACGGCAGACAUUCCCACAGCACACAUUCCUGAUGAACGGGCUCAUCCAUGGAGUCAAGGGCCUGCUGUCAUUCCUUAGCGCGCCGCUCAUCGGAGCACUGUCGGACGUUUGGGGUCGAAAGUCUUUUCUGCUGCUGACGGUUUUCUUCACCUGUGCACCUAUCCCACUCAUGAAGAUCAGCCCCUGGUGGUACUUUGCCGUCAUCUCCAUGUCCGGCGUCUUCGCGGUCACUUUCUCUGUCAUUUUUGCCUACGUGGCCGACAUCACACAGGAGCACGAGAGGAGCACGGCGUACGGGCUGGUGUCAGCCACUUUCGCAGGGAGCCUGGUGACAAGUCCUGCCAUCGGGGCGUACCUGUCAGAGACCUACGGCGACACGCUGGUGGUGAUCCUGGCCACAGCCAUCGCGCUGCUCGACAUCUGCUUCAUCCUGGUGGCCGUGCCCGAGUCUCUGCCCGAAAAGAUGAGGCCUGCCUCAUGGGGAGCCCCCAUCUCCUGGGAGCAAGCCGACCCCUUUGCUUCUCUGCGUAAAGUGGGCCAGGACUCAACGGUGCUGCUCAUCUGUAUUACGGUGUUCCUGUCCUACCUCCCUGAAGCCGGCCAGUACUCCAGCUUCUUCCUCUAUCUCAAACAGGUAAUACGUUUCUCAUCAGAGACAGUAGCUGCCUUUAUAGCUGUGGUGGGAAUUCUCUCCAUUUUAGCACAGACGGUGGUGUUGGGGAUCCUGAUGCGGUCAAUAGGACACAAAAACACAAUUCUCUUAGGCCUUGGCUUCCAGAUCCUGCAGCUCGCUUGGUACGGCUUCGGUUCGCAGCCCUGGAUGAUGUGGGCGGCCGGUGCCGUCGCUGCAAUGUCCAGCAUCACGUUCCCCGCCAUCAGCGCCAUAGUGUCCCGCAACGCAGACCCCGACCAACAGGGAGUGGUGCAGGGGAUGAUCACGGGGAUCCGCGGUCUCUGUAACGGUUUGGGUCCCGCUCUUUACGGUUUCGUCUUCUACCUUUUCCACGUGGAGCUCAGCGACACCGACGGCUCCGACAAAGGUGCCAAACCCAACAUGGCCAACCCCACUGACGAGAGUGCCAUCAUCCCCGGGCCCCCGUUCCUCUUCGGCGCCUGCUCCGUGCUGCUCUCGCUCCUCGUGGCCCUGUUCAUCCCGGAGCACACGGGACCCGGCAUGAGGCCCGGCGCCUACAAGAAGCACAGCAACGGGGCCCAGAGCCACUCCCACAGUCCCCAAGGGAGCGGCGCAGAGGGCAAAGAACCGCUGCUGGAGGACAGUAGUGUAUAA